AUGACAUCGCUCGUCCCCCGCAAGCCGUACACGGAUGAGGAGCUCCGGAAGCUGUACCCGACCGGUCUCGAGCUCCGCCAGGUGCAAGUCUUGAUGCGCCAUGGCGAGCGGACUCCUGUGUCGGCCCGUUUUCAGAAUGCUGGACUUAACCCAUUCUGGCCUUACUGUUCAGUCGCUCGUCAUAUGAAGUCAGCUGUGUUGACCAAAGGUUUCGAUGGCAGCCAGCCUGCCGAUCUCCUCGAAUGGAAGCGUCGUCUCGAGACAUUCGGAGAUAACGACGCCCCUGUCGUUGCCACGGGCCCCGAAGGCGAAAUCGACGGUGUCUGCGACAUGGGCUCCCUUACCGACAAAGGCCGCCAGAGCACCUACAGUCUGGGUCAGCGUCUGCGCAACCUGUAUGUUGACCGACUGGGCUUUCUUCCCUCGACACUGUCCUCAACCGACUCUUUCUAUCUUCGGUCCACUCCUGUUCCUCGCGCCCUAGAGUCUCUCGAGCAGGCCUUUUCGGCCCUCUACCCGCCGUCGACCCGCGAAAUCGGCCCCGAUGGCAAGCUCGCCAACCCAACAAUCUUCAUUCGUGGCCCUCAAGAUGAGAUUCUCUAUCCCAAUGAGGGUAGCUGCCGCCGUUUCGCCGCUCUUGCCCGUGCCUUCGCCCAGCGCGCCGCCGAACGAUGGAACAACACUCCCGAGAUGGAGUACCUCAACAAGAUCUAUGGCAAGUGGAUGCCUGCUGGCACCAAGGUUGCUGUUGACUCUCGCCCAAGGCUUUCAGGCAUCAUGGACACAGUGAACUCGACUCUGGCGCAUGGUCCGGCAACGCGCCUACCAGAUGAGUUCUAUGACGAGAGGGCGCGUAAGAUAAUGGAAAAGAUCGCCGUCGAUGAGUGGUUCUCGGGCUUCAAGGAGUCGAAGGAGUACCGCGCUGUUGGUAUGGGCGCACUGGCUGCGGAUAUCGUCCAGCGCAUGAUCGAGAAUGUUGAGGCCGAGCACGACGGCAAGCAGGCGAUCCGCUUCGGUCUUAGUGGUUGCCAUGACACUUCGCUUGCCGGCAUCCUGGCGAGUCUGGGAGCCUUCAACACGACCGAGUGGCCGCCCUUUACCAGCCACGUCGCGAUCGAGCUGUUUCGCAAAAAGAGUAACGAGUUGUCUCCGUCCCAGCUCUCUGUGCAACAGCAGAGCCGCUGGUCUAAGCUUUUCCAGUUGGCCAGCGCAACAGGAUCUGGGGGUAACACAAUUGGCCGUAAGCCGAUCUCGGACCUAACACAGGCCGAGAAGGACAAGCUCAACGGGUACUAUGUGCGGAUCCGGUAUAAUGACGAGCCGGUCACCGUCCCCGCCUGCCGUCUCCCGGGGAAUCACCUCGAAGGAGAUGAGUCUUUUUGUACCUUGGCCACCUUCAAGGCUGUGGUGGACAAGUUCACCCCGGUCAACUGGAAGCAACAGUGCCGGAUGGCUAAGGAUGAGAAAGCUGUCCUGCCGGCCCAGCCGGAGUGGGCUGGGGAGCUGUGA